AUGGCUGGUGCAGGGUCAAGCAGUGGAGGGGCAGGCUCCGCCGCCCUGCUAUCACCAGAGAGCACAGUGGGUGCGCCAUCAGAGGCGCGCUAUGGAGGCCCCUCAGGGCUUCACCUCAGCCCAGGCAGCGAUGGCAGUGAUGAGCCAGCCUCAUGCUUUGACACCCCCUACAGCUCGCGCCAGCCGCCGCUGCAUUACUCCCUCGACCGCUCAGAGGCAGCACAGCCCCUGCGAAGUCAACCCCACUCACAUCUUGGAGAUCUGCAGAUUGACUCACCGGGAGACAGCUGGCCUUUCAGCCACACGGCGGCUGCCCACAGCAGCGGGCAUGAGCAGAAAGAUUCACAGGGACUGGAAGCUUCUCCUGCCGAGGAGCGGUGGCCGGGGCGGCUGCAGGGCAGUGGCGGCAUGGCGGUCAGGGGCAUGCACAGCAGCGCCUUCAAGGGCGUGAGGGUGCAGGCUCCCCGGCAAGCUCUGCGGAUGGGGACGGGCACAAUUAUGGGGAAGAAGUGGGAGCGCGCAGAACGGAAGGUGGACGAGGGCAGGAGGCUGCUGGCGCUGCUGGGAGGGGACGCGGCUGGGCCCAUAGAGCUGGACACCGCCAUGCUGUACAGCCCGGCCUCCACAGACACCAGCAGCCACAGAACCGGCGAUGAAGCUCCUCCAUCGGCCAGCAAAGCGGCGCCUUUGCGUGCCACACCAGGCAGCACACACCAGGAUGUCGGGCAGUGGACGAUACCGGCCAAGUAUGGGGAGGGAGGUACGCUGUGGAGCCCCAGCAGCGCAGCGACAGAGCGCAGAUCAAUGAGUGCUCCCAGGGAACGCCGCUCGCCUCAGACCACCAUUCCCAAGGAGUUCAGGCUGAGCGAGACGAGCCGCAAGCACUCGCGGGCGGCGGCUGCGCAGCGCAUUCUGGAGGAGCGCAGGCGCGACAUGACCUUCCGGCCGGCCCUGCUGCCGCCGCGGCCGCACAGCCCCGCGCUCGGCAGCGAAUCGACGCUGUCCGGCGAGGCCCGCAUCGCCCGCCUGGCCCAGCCGCGCACCCAGCUAUGGGAGAAAUGCGCUGCGAGGAAGCGGGAGGAGGAGGGUGGCGAGCUGGCACACUGCACGUUUGUGCCCAAGACCGGGCGCGGGCCGGCCAGCGGGCCCAAGGCCACCGUCGCGCGCCUGCCCGCCCCCACCCGCCUCUACGCCCACCACGACUCCAAGUACCGCCAGUGGGAGAGGCUGAGGGCGGAGAGGGACGAGGAGGAGCUGAGGGACUGCACCUUUGCACCGGCUGUCAAUCCGUCCGCCGAGCCGCGCACGCCCCUGCACAGGCGCCUCAGCGAGCUGCAGCGCCAGCGCAGUGAGCGGCUGGCACGCAUGCGGUUGGCGCGGGAGGCGGCCGAUGCGGACGCCACCUUCUCGCCGGCGGUGAAUGACAAAUCGCUGCGCAUGGCGCUGGCAAAGCAGAUCCGCGAGCUGCGCGACGAGGUUCCCGCCUCCCAGCGCCUCAGCGCUGCCCGCCCGCUGCCCGCACCAACCCCUGAUGCGGAGGCGGGUUUCACUUUCGCGCCGGAGCUGUGCCGCACGAGCGAGCGGCUGCUGGAGGACAGCGCGCAGCUGCCGGGCAACUUCUUCGAGCGCCAGCGAUUCUUCCACGACCUCAAGCUGCGCCGCCUGCGCGUGCUCCAGUCCGAGGAGGAUGCGAACUGCACAUUCUCGCCAGACACCAAGGGCCAGUCGGCAGUCAUCCUGGCAGCAUCUGCGCGGUCGGCGGACCAUGCGGAGCGGCUGGCGGUGACGGACAAGCGGCGGGUGGAGGGCGCUCGCGCGGGGGUGGCCCAUGACUACUACUCCCAGUUUUCCUUCCAACCCGCCAUCAACGAGCGCUCCAGGCGCCUCGCCAAGGGCGGGGACAGGUUGGGCGAGCUGACGAGCAGCGAGCGGCGGCGCGAGAGGCGCGAGGCGAUGGCGGCCGAGGCAGAGGCGCGAAUGGAAGCUGAGUGCACCUUCCGGCCGCGCCUGCACUCCCGCCAGGGCGCCGACCAGGAAAACCGCGACCCCGCGGAGAAGGGCAAUCUGUUGCGGCGCAUAGCGGAGCAGCGGGCGGAGCGGGAGACGGCGCUGGAGCAGCAGCGGUCGCGGCGUGAAAUGGCCGAGUUGGCCGACUGCACCUUCCGCCCCACCCGCGUCUCCAGCGCUCCGGCCCCUCCCACGGAGGAGGUGGCAGUGAAGGGCAUGGAGGCGUACAUGGCCACUCGGCAGCGCGCGCGACAGCUGGCGGCGGAGCAGGCCGCGCGGGAGGAGAAGGCGUUCAUCCUGCACCCGCGCGACUCCCACGCCCCCACCGUGCCCCAGCCCUUCUGCCUGCGCACCGACCUGCGCGAGAAGGAGACGGAGGGUCGGCGGCUGCAGCUGCAGGCGGCUCUGCUGGCGGAGUCAAUGAGGGAGUGCACCUUCCACCCUAACACCAACGAGGCGCUCAACCGGCAGCUGCUGGACGCCAUCCUGGCCUCUGAUGAUGACUGCGACGACGCGCGCAGCACUUGCUCUGUGCAGACACUCUGA